ACACUUUUCCGCGACGCUCGUCGCGAACGUCGCGUCCACUCGUUCAGAUCACCGACGAAAGGCACACGCACUGUGCGUACCCGGGUUACGUCGCGUUUUAUCAUAACGGAAGUUCCCAUUGUUGUCGGGUUUUUGCAAGAAAAAAAGAUCGUGGUGCGCAUCGGUGGAAAUAGAUGAUUCGCGAAGAAAUAUCGUCGGGUAUGUCGAGUACGUGUACACACGGGUGCAUCAAUUGUGCGCUCACAUUGUCGGUGAUCCCCUAUCUCUCUCUGUGUAACAUCCGAGAAAGUAUACCUUCGUAUUUGCACGGUUAAUGUAACUUCGGUUCGGUUGUUUUAUUUUGUACGGGGAGAAAGAAGAAAAAAAGCGAAAAAAGUGUCGGUGAUCCUUACGAGAUUGCCUUAUGUGACUCGCGACUAUUGUUGCGCGCGACUGUACACCGCUAUUGUCUUGAUGGCGAUAAGAAGAUAAAAUAUUGACAAUGUAAAAUGGCAAUUUACGUACUACGCGAUUUAUGCGUGUGUACAUGACACGCGAUUGUAAAAAAGAAAAAAAGCAACCUGCGCCAAAUACCGGUCGGUCGGAAAAUUCUACGAGUCGAAGUGAAUUUUUAUGCCGCGAUAUCUCGCGCACACACAGAGAUAGUGGUGCCAUCUGACGAACGUUCGCGGCAGCGAUGAUGAACGCGACGGAGCGUCAUGUCGGAUACGAACGAGUUCGUGCUCGUCGUGAGUCGUCGAAGGAGACACUAUAACGAGAGGAAACGUUCAAACAGAGGAACGACGCAGGUCCCCGAGAAUUGCGAGGUCGACUACGAGCACCUUCUCCGCACGGUUGGCAGCACGCUGGUCGAGGUCGGGGACACGCCGUUCGCCAGGCUCGUUCUCAGCCAGCUGACGGAAUCGCUGAACAUUCUAAACUCUAAUGGUGUUCCCGAAGUAGUCUGCUACGGGUUAGGGCGAUUCUCCCAGUACAGGUCACCGAGAUGCCAGCUGGCGCUACUGCUGUGCCUGAAGGAGCGAUACGGCGCUCGCGUUUACGCGUACGACCCGGCGUUUUGUCCCGAGGAAGUACGGGCGUUGGGCGCUUUGGGUAUAGAAAUCAUCGAGACGAAUGAAGAAGGCAAACGCGUCGUCCGGGCCGAGACGACGACUCUCGUCUACAUGCCGCAUUGCUCCCGGCAGCUGACGAAUAAUUUUCUCUACGCCAAUUGGGGGAAUCGGCUGAGCAAUUGCGUCCUGCUCGCCAAUAGCUUCUCAGGGAUAAUCGACGAUCACCUGCACGGAGACGUGUCGGACACAACAGGCUACAUACUGCGCAUUCGGCCUUAUGUUACAGAGACUCGGUUGGAAAAUUCCUUCUCAUACGGGGAGGUUUUCAACGACCUCAGCAUACACAUAUUCCCUGAGCGAGACUUGCUCCGAGUUCCGCCGGAUUUCUGGGACUCCAGAGAGGAGCCGCGAUACUCGACGGACGAGGUGGAGUUUAUCAGAGCGACGACACAGCGGUGACGAAUAAUAUCCGAACGCUUGGUGAAACAUGGCAGCUGUGAGUGAUAAUAUUAAAAUCGUACGCUCUCUUGUGCAACAACUCCGCCGAGUCUCGCAGAACAGGAGUACGAAGG